AUGGAGCGUUGCACAAAGGGCGAGUGUGAGGCGAAGGAGUGGUGGGCGAGAGCUUCCUGUGUGGCAGAGGGAGGGGAAUGUGGUUGGGGAACGGAAAACCAAUCCAAUGAGUGGCAACUCCAGGUGACUUUUGAGUCCAGAAGAGAAGAAGAAGAAGAAGAGAAGAAGAAGAAGAAGAAGAAGAAGAAGAAGAAGAAGAAGAAGAAGAAGAAGAAGAAGAAGAAGAAGAAGAAGAAGAAGAAGAAGAAGAAGAAGAAGAAGAAGAAGAAGAAGAAGAAGAAGAAGAAGAAGAAGAAGAAGAAGAAGAAGAAGAAGAAGAAGAAGAAGAAGAAGAAGAAGAAGAAGAAGAAGAAGAAGAAGAAGAAGAAGAAGAAGAAGAAGAGAAGAAGAAGAAGAAGAAGAAGAAGAAGAAGAAGAAGAAGAAGAAGAAGAAGAAGAAGAAGAAGAAGAAGAAGAAGAAGAAGAAGAAGAAGAGAAGAAGAAGAAGAAGAAGAAGAAGAAGAAGAAGAAGAAGAAGAAGAAGAAGAAGAAGAAGAAGAAGAAGAAGAAGAAGAAGAAGAAGAAGAAGAAGAAGAAGAAGAAGAAGAAGAAGAAGAAGAAGAAGAAGAAGAAGAAGAAGAAGAAGAAGAAGAAGAAGAAGAAGAAGAAGAAGAAGAAGAAGAAGAAGAAGAAGAAGAAGAAGAAGAAGAAGAAGAAGAAGAAGAAGAAGAAGAAGAAGAAGAAGAAGAAGAAGAAGAAGAAGAAGAAGAAGAAGAAGAAGAAGAAGAAGAAGAAGAAGAAGAAGAAGAAGAAGAAGAAGAAGAAGAAGAAGAAGAAGAAGAAGAAGAAGAAGAAGAAGAAGAAGAAGAAGAAGAAGAAGAAGAAGAAGAAGAAGAAGAAGAAGAAGAAGAAGAAGAAGAAGAAGAAGAAGAAGAAGAAGAAGAAGAAGAAGAAGAAGAAGAAGAAGAAGAAGAAGAAGAAGAAGAAGAAGAAGAAGAAGAAGAAGAAGAAGAAGAAGAAGAAGAAGAAGAAGAAGAAGAAGAAGAAGAAGAAGAAGAAGAAGAAGAAGAAGAAGAAGAAGAAGAAGAAGAAGAAGAAGAAGAAGAAGAAGAAGAAGAAGAAGAAGAAGAAGAAGAAGAAGAAGAAGAAGAAGAAGAAGAAGAAGAAGAAGAAGAAGAAGAAGAAAGAAGAAGAAGAAGAAGAAGAAGAGAAGAAGAAGAAGAAGAAGAAGAAGAAGAAGAAGAAGAAGAAGAAGAAGAAGAAGAAGAAGAAGAAGAAGAAGAAGAAGAAGAAGAAGAAGAAGAAGAGAAGAAGAAGAAGAAGAAGAAGAAGAAGAAGAAGAAGAAGAAGAAGAAGAAGAAGAAGAAGAAGAAGAAGAAGAAGAAGAAGAAGAAGAAGAAGAAGAAGAAGAAGAAGAAGAAGAAGAAGAAGAAGAAGAAGAAGAAGAAGAAGAAGAAGAAGAAGAAGAAGAAGAAGAAGAAGAAGAAGAAGAAGAAGAAGAAGAAGAAGAAGAAGAAGAAGAAGAAGAAGAAGAAGAAGAAGAAGAAGAAGAAGAAGAAGAAGAAGAAGAAGAAGAAGAAGAAGAAGAAGAAGAAGAAGAAGAAGAAGAAGAAGAAGAAGAAGAAGAAGAAGAAGAAGAAGAAGAAGAAGAAGAAGAAGAAGAAGAAGAAGAAGAAGAAGAAGAAGAAGAAGAAGAAGAAGAAGAAGAAGAAGAAGAAGAAGAAGAAGAAGAAGAAGAAGAAGAAGAAGAAGAAGAAGAAGAAGAAGAAGAAGAAGAAGAAGAAGAAGAAGAAGAAGAAGAAGAAGAAGAAGAAGAAGAAGAAGAAGAAGAAGAAGAAGAAGAAGAAGAAGAAGAAGAAGAAGAAGAAGAAGAAGAAGAAGAAGAAGAAGAAGAAGAAGAAGAAGAAGAAGAAGAAGAAGAAGAAGAAGAAGGAAGAAGAAGAAGAAGAAGAAGAAGAAGAAGAAGAAGAAGAAGAAGAAGAAGAAGAAGAAGAAGAAGAAGAAGAAGAAGAAGAAGAAGAAGAAGAAGAAGAAGAAGAAGAAGAAGAAAAAAAAGCGCUUCAUCUAGCUCUUCAGCUGUCCCGUCAGGACAUAGAUACUGCCAUGAGCACUCACCACUAG